AUGUCUUCUCCCAUCGUCACCACCACCACACAGGCUGCCGUCUUCAGCAUCGUGUCGAGCGUGUUGGCCCAAGGCAUCACGGCCUACCAGUCCAAUUCUUCCCUAUCGCUCGAUUGGCAUCCCGUCUUCCAGUUUUUCAUCUUUGCUAUCAUUUCCACCCCGCCAAACGUCCUGUGGCAAAUCUUCCUCGAGUCUUCCUUUCCCGGAUACUUUCAAAAAGAGACGCAGAAACAAAAAGAGGACACCGAAAGCACACAAAGCAAGGCGGCCCUGCCAGAGCGCCUCAACUGGCGCAAUACCCUCACCAAGACACUGCUAGACCAGUCCGUCGGGGCCUGUGCCAACACCUUCUUGCUGUGCGCCUUUAUCGCUACCUGGGAGCAGGGACUGCAGUCAGCUACCACAUCCAUUGCCGCCGUCGUCAGUCGAACACGUGCCGACUUUUGGCCCCUCGUCUUUGCCGGCUGGCGCUUUUGGCCGUGGGUCAGCAUCAGCAGCUUCGCACUGGUCCCUGACGUCGCGACACGGAACCUCAUCGGUGGCCUGGCUGGCAUUGUCUGGGGUAUUUACCUCAGCCUGGCAACCGGUCCCUCGGUCAAGGUGGCGACUGAGUAA